AUGUGCCUGAACUGUUCUGUAAGCAAUGUGCCACGUGACCUGGAAGUUGCAAGGUCCAUCCUUUUUAGCCUCGCAACCCGGAAAAGACGCACGACGGUUCAAAGUUUUCCACAAAACCACAGGAAUACCGACAGAGAGUAUCCCAAGGCCUCGGGGUACCACGGGAAGGCUGAUCAGACACAGACAGUCACAGAUAGUAACAUAUGCUCUUUUUUUCCUUGUAAUUUAGGCAAAGGAGGUAAAAAUAGGCGUCGAGGUAAGAAUGAGAAUGAAUCAGAAAAGAGGGAACUGGUGUUCAAAGAAGAUGGGCAAGAAUAUGCCCAGGUGAUCAAGAUGUUAGGCAAUGGAAGACUGGAGGCAUUAUGUUUUGAUGGUGUGAAGAGGUUAUGUCAUAUUAGAGGGAAACUAAGAAAAAAGGUUUGGAUAAAUACUUCUGAUAUUAUAUUGGUUGGCUUAAGAGACUACCAGGAUAACAAGGCUGAUGUUAUUCUAAAGUACAAUGCAGAUGAAGCCAGAAGUCUGAAAGCAUAUGGGGAGCUUCCAGAACAUGCUAAAAUCAAUGAAACAGACACAUUUGGUCCUGGAGAUGAUGAUGAAAUCCAGUUUGAUGAUAUUGGAGAUGAUGAUGAAGAUAUUGAUGAUAUCUAAUUUGGAACAGAGGUUUACAUUCCGACUUCUUUUUCUCCAAGGAUUGUUCUACAUUGAUAUUUUGAUUAUUUUUGGGGUGAAGUCCCAUUCUUUUAAGAAGACUGAAAAUUCUCGGUAAAGAGUGUAGUUUGUUACAUCAAAAGGGUUUAUUUUCAAUGUUUGUUUUAAAGUAUUUAUAUUUCUUUAGAAAUGGAGAAUGCUGGAUUAUCACAAAGGUUCAGUGAAAAUGCCACAAAUACUUUAUCUUCACCAAUUAGAGCUUUUACCUCUGGAUGUAAGUGAGAUACAGUGACAUGGGCUGUUAAAAGACUGCAUUUUCCCUCUUCUGUUUUCAUCACUACAAUUCCAGUUAAACUUAUAUUUUGAAAUAAAAAUUGCUUACCCUGUAACUAUAAUGGAUUUUGAUUAAAUACAAAUACCCAGUUCAGAUUAGUAUCAAAUCAUACUAUGCAGUGUCUGUCCUUAUACCCCUUGCCUUGAUGUUAACUUUUAAAAGACUUUGAUAAUAUAAAAGGAAGGCAGAAAUCUGCAUUUCAAUUCAUAAUGCGUGAUGAAUCUGCUUUUCAUGUUUAGGAGCAUGCUGCUAUUUUUAUACUGAUUUUGAUAAUUAAAAACACUCGUUAUUUCAAAGGUGUAAAUUUGCCACAGCAGAGGGGUAGGAGGGAAGUAAAGAUAAAAAGUUAGCAGCAUCUCAGAAUGGCAGUUGUUAAAAACUGUCUUGCAUGCAUAGCUCUUCUGCGUCAAGCUGUAGUUGCAGAAGAUGAACACUGGUGGCAUCCAUCUUGACAGGGACACAUUAGUGCCGACCAUCCAUCCUUGGGUUUGUGCUGAAAAAUACGUAAAAUACUUUUUUUUCCCCCAAAGUGAAUGCUUAACAUUCUCGAUAUGCUAAACAUGUAGAAUAUUUUUACAUUAUAGAAAAGGAUAUGUUAAAAGUAGAGUUUUAUUUUAAUCUUAAAUUCCAUACAUCGUAAGGUGCAACAUCAGAGCUUAUGUGAACUUUGAAUAACAAUAUAAAUGAAAAAAUGGAUUUGUGUCAAAUGUAGUAAAAGAACCUUUUCAUCCCAAAUUAAUCACUGAAACAAACUAAUGGAAAGAUUCUUCUCCACCUUCAGACAGGAGGAGUCAGUUAAGCUGAAUAAAGACUUAACACCAUCCUGCAAAAACUAUUUCUGCAGUAGCCUUAGUUUCUCUCUCAUCAAUCAUGUAUUUAACAACUCUGAAAGCAGGUUAAUGAAUGGAAAACUUCCUUUUGUGCCAUAAAAAUCUGAUUCUUGACACUUGUAUUCAUUAUACGGUCUUUUUGGUAUGAUGUAAAGUGACUACCCCAAUAGAUAAAAACAAAAAUACU